AUGAGACAUGCGAAGAUGUUAACAGGCGUGGCCCUGAUGGCAGUUGCAGCAGCAGAGGAUUUGACUCAACACGUGGAUGUUUUUAUGGGAACUGAAGGUGGAGGGAACAAUUUCCCUGGGGCAGUGCGACCCUUCGGCAUGGUCAAGCUUGGCCCCGAUCUCCUGCUGUCAGGCACAGACUCUUACUCGGGCUAUCUACCUGAUGGUAACUUCUCAGGUUUCAGUAUGAUGCAUGAGCAGGGAACAGGCGGGGCGCCGAAAUAUGGCACAGUUUCACAAUUGCCCUUGGUCGGCGAUAUCAGCGAUCCAUUGUCGAAUAUCACGGUGUCGCGAAGUGGUACUGACGAGGGCUCUGUGGGGUACUACAAGGCUAAGACUGGAGACGGAGUCGAGGUUGAACUGAGUGCUUCAUCAAGGGCAGGAAUCUAUCGCUAUACAUUUCCCUCGUCGCAAGGGAAUGUGCUGGUAGAUGUAUCGCAUGUGUUGCCUUCGUUUCGGGGUCAAGGCUUGAGUCAGAAUUAUGAGGGUGGAAACAUCACUAUUUUUGCUGAUGGUCACUAUGAAGGUGCUGGUGUGUAUAAUAAUGGGUGGAAUGAGGCGCCAGACUGGACUAUUUACUUCUGUGGUUAUUUCGACUCUGCUGCUAUAAGCAACAAGACAUACACAGCAACUGGUGCAGCUAGGAGUGUUGAACAGCCUGGUGGUGUUGCUACAUCUUCAUCCAACUCCACUCGUGUUGGUGCAUUAUUCUCGUUCAGUGACACCGAAGUCAUCUCUCGUGUGGGAAUUUCAUGGAUCUCAAGACAAAAAGCCUGUGACAAUGUCAACAGCGAGAUUCCAGAGGAAACUUCCUUUACUUCGGUUGUCGAUAAUGCUGUUUCUGAAUGGAACAAUGAGGUUCUUUCCAAAGUCACUACAACGAACACCAACGACACCAGCCUCAGUCUGCUAUACACUUCUCUCUAUUUCAUGCAUCUCAUCCCGACAAACCAAACUGGAGAAAAUCCCGGUUGGUCCUCGUCCGAGCCUUAUUACCAGGAUAUCUUUACUUUCUGGGAUCUCUUCCGCUGCUCCACUGCCUUAAUGCAGGUGCUUCAACCGACUGCAUAUGAAGAGCAAAUCCGAUCACUGAUCGAUAUCUGGAGACACGACGGAUACAUGCCAGACGCCCGAUCCUCCAACUACAACGGCCGCUCACAAGGCGGGUCCAAUGCCGACAACGUCCUCGCAGACGCAUACGUCAAAGGAGUCCGCGGCUCCGUCAACUGGAAAGACGGCUACAAAGCCAUGGUGAAAGAUGCAGAAGUCACCCCGGCCAAUUGGCCAAUCGACUGGAUGGCACCAGACUCCUCAACCCACGACGGCCGAAGCGCACUGCCCGACUGGCUUGAGUAUGGAUACAUUACACCCUCUUUCAGUCGGGCAGUUAGCCGGGCCGUGGAGUACGCCUAUAACGACUUCGGGCUGUACCAGGUUGCGUCUGGGCUGGGGAAGACGGAAGAUGCGCAAACGUAUCUGAGCCGCUCGCGCAACUGGCGGAAUCAUUGGAAUCCAGACCAGACUUCGCUGGGAUACUCGGGCUUCGUGGUCCCGCGCAAUACGUCGGGCUUUAUUGAGACUAAUCCAUUGAGUGAUAGUGGGUACUGGGGUGAUCCGUAUUACGAGGCUAUUUCGUGGGCUUAUUCCUUCGCGGAUGUGCAUGAUAUGAAACACAUGAUUGAGCUUAUGGGUGGCACUGACACUGUGAUCUCCCGACUGGAUACCAUGUUCACCGAGGGUGCCAGUGGAUCGAGUGGAACGAUUUUUGACCCAACCAACGAACCCAUGUUCAAUCUCCCUUAUCUGUACAAUUUCGUCGGUCGACAGGAUCUGGCGGUAUCGCGAUCUCGCAAGGUCGCUAAAACAGACUACACCACCGGUGUCUCUGGACUCCCGGGCAACAGUGAUGCAGGAGCUAUGCAGACUUGGUUGCUCUGGAACAUGAUCGGUCUGUACCCGAUUACUGGCCAGACUACCUUCCUGAUUCACUCGCCGUGGUUCGCAUCCAUGACCAUCAAUCUAGAUGAUGGGAAGACAUUGGAAAUCACAUCUACAGGUGGAGAUGGAAAUGGUGACACCGAUAUCUAUGUCCAGAGUCUCAAGGUCAACGGCCGGAUAUGGAAGAAGAGCUGGUUGACCUGGGAUGACAUAUUUGCACAAGGUGGUACACUUGAGUUUGAGCUAGGGCCGACCGCAGUCAAUUGGACAACAGGGGAGCUACCGCCAAGUCCUGCAUCUUGA